CGUUAGGUUAGAGAUUAGAGAUCGAAGUGGGGAAACCUUAAAUCCAUCAAUUUGGAGAAGGAAGGAAGGAAGGAGGAGACGAUAAAAACGGAGAAAAGUGAAGACGAAAGAGAAAACGAUAGACUCGGAGAGAAAAAAGACGAAGCACACACAUCUAUCUUCUCAUCUCUCUCUCUCUCUCUCUCUUCACGUUUGGUGGAAGUGCGUGCACAUGGGGACACGUGUAACACAAUUCUCUUCCUACCUCCACGCGCCGUCGUCGUCACAUAUGGCGGAGCAAUUACUGAAUCAAUUCGUCUCCGCCGCGAUCUCAAAGUCGACGCAUUUGAAUCAUCUGAAGCAAGUUCAGAACUUUCUGAUAGUUUCGGGACUAAAGGAUUCACCUUUCCUCUGUUUUAAGCUUCUUCGUUUUUGUACUCUUCGUCUCUGUAACCUCUCUUACGCUCGCUUUAUCUUUGAUCGUUUCUCUUACCCCAAUACGCAUCUCUACGCCGCCGUUUUAACUGCUUACUCUUCUUCUCUCCCACUUCAUGCUUACUCAGCUUUCUCCUUCUUUCGUCUUAUGGUUACUCGUUCUUAUCCUCGUCCUAAUCACUUCAUCUACCCACUUGUUCUCAAGUCUACGCCACAUCUCUCCUCUGCUUUUUCAACUCCUUUGGUGCAUACCCACUUGUUUAAAUCCGGGUUUCAUCUCUAUGUCGUUGUUCAAACUGCUCUUCUUCACUCCUACGCUUCCUCUGUUUCUCACAUUCCUCUUGCAAGACAACUGUUCGACGAAAUGUCUGAGAGAAACGUUGUUUCCUGGACUGCUAUGCUUUCUGGGUAUGCUAGGUCUGGUGAUAUCUCCAAUGCUGUUGCUCUCUUUGAAGAUAUGCCUGACCGUGAUGUUCCUUCCUGGAACGCUAUUCUUGCUGCUUGUACUCAGAAUGGUCUUUUCGUUGAAGCUAUUUCUCUGUUUAGAAGGAUGAUCAAUGAGCCUCAUAUUCGUCCUAAUGAGGUAACUUUCGUUUGUGUCCUCUCCGCUUGUGCUCAAACUGGUACGCUUCAGCUGGCUAGAGGGAUUCAUGCUUUCGCAUACCGUCGUGAUCUUUCCUCUGAUGUGUUUGUUUCGAAUUCUUUGGUCGAUUUGUAUGGAAAAUGUGGUCACUUGGAGGAAGCAAGCUCUGUUUUUAAGAUGAGCUCAAAGAAAAGUUUAACAGCUUGGAAUUCUAUGAUCAAUUGCUUUGCUCUCCAUGGUAGAGGCGAAGAAGCCAUAGCAGUGUUUGAAGAAAUGAUAGAGUUGAACAGUAACCAUAUCAAACCAGAUCACAUUACUUUUAUCGGUCUUCUCAACGCAUGUACCCAUGGAGGUUUGGUUUCAAGAGGACGUGCUUAUUUCGAUCUCAUGACAAAAAGAUUUGGUAUUGAGCCAAGGAUUGAGCACUAUGGCUGCCUAAUAGAUCUUCUAGGCAGGGCUGGUCAGUUCGAAGAAGCUUUGGAAGCUAUCUCCACAAUGAAGAUGAAAGCAGAUGAGGCUAUUUGGGGAUCUUUGCUCAAUGCUUGUAAGAAAUAUGGCCAUUUGGAUUUGGCUGAAGUUGCUUUAAAAAAUCUGGUUGCUCUAAAUCCUAACAAUGGAGGUUACAUUGCUAUGAUGGCAAAUUUAUAUGGAGAGAUGGGUAAAUGGGAAGAGGCACGCGAAGCUAGAAAGAGGAUCAAGCACCAAAAUGCUUAUAAAACCCCAGGCUGUAGUUGGAUUGAGAUCGAUGAAGUGGUCCAUCAGUUCUAUUCUCUUGACAAAUCGCAUCCAAAGAGUAUAGAGAUAUAUAUGAUACUUGACAGCCUCAUCUCUUUAUGAUACUUUUGGAAGGUCCUAUAUUCUCCAUAUGACUUGACAAAGCUGCACUCUACUUUCUAAAACCAACCUUCCUGCAAAAAAAUAUUUCUUUCACUAGAUAUAUGUGCUAUGCUGUGGUAUAAGAAGAGGAACUCUAGGUGAUAUUCUCAGAAGAAAAUAUGUUGCUUGUUAAGAAAGUCCAUGGAAGAGUAGACAUGGCGACAGGCAAUCAUCUCUUAUACUAUGCAUCGAUUUUACAGACAUCAAACACAAUCCUGGAUUCAACCAGAGUUCUUUUUGUGACUAAGCAGAACUGAGUUUGCCAGUUUGAUCCUCUUCGAACGCAAUGUCA